GUUGCGCACAUGGAACAAGUAGAGGUGACCGCGCCACACCCAGCGGCCAGGCAGAGUCCCCUAUACGGAGGAGCAGCUUGUGUAACAGCUGUAUCAUCCAGUGGCACCCGGAGCAACCAGUUGCGCCAAAGCUGUCUUCUUGAAAUGUCCAAUUACACCGAGGAGGCGGCGCAUACGGUGGCCUUUCGUCGCGGCAAGAGCCGUGAAAUAGUUUAGGGUUUUUCGGAUACAGUUUGUGCGGCGUUACAACAAUAUCUGCCUGCGCAUGUUUUGCCCUAGACGCGACGAGUAUUUGGAGGAAUGAGAGGUGUGAGUCCGGCUCUUAAAAUGGGAUUGUUUUUGCACGCCGUCGGCUCUGUCACCCCCACCGAGUCCGCAGCAGACGGGAGCCUGCUGCACUGUGAAGGGGUUAACAACCAGAGCUACAUCUGUGAGUCCGGACACUGCUGUGGAGAGUCUCAGUGCUGCAGCUACUACUACGAGCUGUGGUGGUUUUGGUUGGUGUGGGCCAUCAUCUUCAUCCUGAGCUGUUGUUGUGUGUGCCACCAUCGGCGCACGAAGCAUCGACUGCAGCAGCAACAGCGGCAGCACGAGAUCAACCUCAUCGCUUACCGUGAGGCACACAACUACCCCGCGGUGCCCUUCUACUUCAGGUUUCUCCCUAACUACCUCCUGCCUGACUAUGAAGAGGUGGUCAACAGGCCCCCUACUCCUCCCCCUCCCUACAGUGCCUUACACACAGGCCCAUCCUCAGUGGCUACUAGUCCACUGACCACUGACCAGCAGGAGGGCCACCAUCCGAACAUCCAGCCCACUCCGGUGCCCCCCGUCUCUGACACCCUGUGUUCCAGACCCAGCCUGGAGGAGCCAUGUCCCCCCAGCCUCAGCUUCAGGCCCAAGCCUGACAACAAGCCUGUGCAGACAGCACGCGAUCCAGGCAUGAUCCUGCUGUCAGACUCGCACCAGGAUGGGCUCACUAGGGAGGGGCUCACCAGCCAGGAGAAAAGGGGCGGAGGUGGGGGCAAGUCCUGCAAGGACCCCCUGCUGAAAGACCUUGGGGUAUCAGAGGGUUACACUGAGGACAAAGAGCGGCACCCAAGUGGGAGGAGGAGACGGUUUACAGGGGAUUCGGGAAUCGAGGUGUGUGUGUGUGGCAUGCGAGGGAGUGGCGGUUGUAGUGGAGCUGGGGGGAUAGACCAGGAAGGCAAGGAGUUGAGGGAGCUAGAGAGCCUGCUGGGUGAGGGAGGAGAGGAAGACGCCGCAGACUUCUGUGACAGCUGUGGGCAUCGCGCCUCCUUUGCUGCAGAAGAGGAGCAGGCACCGGCAGGGCCGGAGAGGCGGGUCACACGCGGGCCAACGGGAACCCCUCAGCCAGCUCACCAGAUAAGCAGCGCCUCACUUCACCCACCCGUGUGCCUCCUCCUCCACACCAUCAGCGAGCAGGAGGGCCCGCACCACAGCACCAGCACUGAGCCGCAGGGCUGAAACACAGCUAAUCUUAACACACCUCUGUUGCAGAGGGAAGGAGAGAGCACUCAUGACAGACAGGAAGAGAGAAGGCAUAUGCUAUUGUGUGUGAGCAUGAAUCUUAGGACAUUGUGCUUUCUAGGUGUGUAUUUCUAUGAAUGUGAUGAAUGUGUGCAUCUUAGAUUUUAAAAAUAAGCUGUGGGUGACAUGAGUAGGAAGUGGAAUGACAAGUAAAAAAUUGUGUUGAGAAAGCCCGCCCCUCCCCCAGCUGGAACAGUGGCCUUAACCUGUGUAUUUUGACUUGCAUUUGGGCUCUACAAGCCCUGUAAACAGCCUGUGUCAACUGAAACUGCUCAUGCUGCACACACAGCCUUUCUGUGUCUUGUCGUCCUUCUAAUGCAGAGGAAUCUAGUGACACAAAGGUAAAGACUCGGAGCUGGAGCUGUGAUGUCAGGACAGCAUGUUCACUGCCUAGGAUGUAUGCGGCACCCCUCACUGGGUGCAUGCAGCCACAUUGCAAGUUUUGCAGUCCCAUUCUCUGACAGGCAGGAAAGUACUUAGUAAAAGAACACAGAGCAGGAACAUUGUGGACAAGUGCAAUGUGGGAUCACCACAAUGUGUGUUUAUGCAAACUGAUACUGUACAGGGACACCAGAACAAGACUGUGUGGGAUGUCCCAUUAGACUCAUGCUUCUGAAGUGCUUUUUCAGCGAUUUUAAAACCGCUCGGCCUUGUUUAUAUUUUCGUUGCUCUCUAUCUACCCUGCUAGUGAUAGAGAGGUAUAAGUGCAUUACAAAUCUUGUGAAGCAAGUCCUAUUUUGCACAAAAUGUAUUUAUCUUUGAAAAUUGAGCUUUUUUUUUGCUGAAAAAUCAAAGCAGAAAAAAUGCUAUGUUAUCACUAAAUUUAGUCUUAAUUUGCAGUACAUGUUUGUUUCCUCGUGUUGUUUUCUGCUCUGUUGAUUUACAUGAAAACACACCUGCAAGACUAUAUGGACCUUUGUGAAUUCUCAAUGGUGGAUAAAACACUUAAUUUACUGGUCCGUAGACCAUGUUUUUUUUUUUUUUUCUUUUUUUUUUAAAUGAAUGAAUGAUUGCACUGUGUGCCUCCCAAAAAUGCAGAAUUUUAGGUGUCCUGAGAAGAAAGCAGGUAUAAAGACCAAAAAGAGUUUUAGAACUUAGAUGGGUGACCUCAAACCUCAAAGUUUGUGUCAGUGGCUUCUGUGGGUUACCACCAUCACCAGCUGUAUAAAAAGACUCAAACCCUCACAUUAACACUCUUUGUAUAUUGUAUAUUGGAUCUUCAUGGUCACACAAUCGUACCAUUCUUCUACUACGGUAUUCAUGAAACAACAGACAACAUGCAUCCUCCUCCUGCUGUAUCCAUGCAGAACGAGUUCAGAGAUGUAAUUUUCCCUGUGAUCUGGCUGUUUUAACAGAUUCUCCCCUCAGUCUUCAUAUUUGUGCUGUUCAGUCAGAGGGGUUAAAUUCUUCCAAAAUUGUGGUAAAAAUAAUUUGAGAUCCUUUAUUUUAUGUUUACUCACCCCUUACUACACUUGAUGUCAUGAUUUUUUAAUCACAUUAUGGAUCUGGAUGUUGAGUGAAGGACCUGCGAUUAUGCCUAAAUUAUUUUUAUGGUUAUUUAACCAGACUGGCCAAUUUAAAAAAAAAAAAAAAAAAUCAUAUAAAGUUACAGGCUGGUUAAACGUGAAUGUCCUCUUUAGGGGCAAAGAUUUUGAAACAGUUACAAGUGAAAUCAGAUAAAGGAAAAAAAAAAACUUAUUUGUAAAUUUAUUUGUUGCUAGGCAGGCCACUGCACUCAUGAGUCAGUGGGAAAUCCUUUAAUUAACAGGCACAAUCGAUAGAGUGGAUAUUUUUUGAACAACUUUUUUUUUUUUCCCCCACAAUUUACAAAAUGUUUCAAGCAAUGGCAAGUAAUACAUGAGUUAACAAGCAAUAUGCAUGCUGCCUCAGAGAGAACAGAGACACAUUUCAAGCAUUGAAACAUAACAAAUUAAUGAAGCGAGUUAAUGAAGCUCUUCAUUACAAAACGCCUUCAAAAUCUGGUGUUAAUAUUAUUUCAUGUCUGUUCUUAGGGGAGGGGGGGGAUUCAUAACCUAAAUCAUAAUCCUGGUAUAUUAAUAUUAAAGGUUUUAUUAAAUGGAGCUGUAAUGGAUGAUUGAUGAUGAAUGUGCUACAAAAAAUGACAUUGGGAUGUAAUGAACGUGCUGUAUGAAACCAGUAGACAAAGAUUCAAAAAGCAUUUGAAUUCUUGUGUUCCCACAAUCUGAAACGAGCUAUAAAUGGCAGCAUUGAUCUUUUGACAUUGAGUAAUGCCAGUGUCAUUUUUUUUUUUUUACAGAAUUUCCUGAGAACACCUUUAAGCCUGCACACAUUGCUAUGUCUAGAAAGCACAAAUAUUUCAGCCAUCAGUCUCACAAAUGUACACCUUAUUAAAACAAGGUAACAGAAUGUCGAGAGAAAAGGACAGAAGCAGUGAACUUCCAGCACAAGAAUGAAUCACAGCUACAAACUUUUCUAUGUUUCAUGUGAACUUUCUCUUUGGAGAGUUUGAUUGUCUGAUUGUGUUUUACCCAUCAAAGCCUGAACACAUUCUCAAGUGCUUUAAAUAUUUAUGCUUUUUUUGUGAGAUAGAAAAUAAUAUUCUGUAAUUGUGGUACCUGUAGUACAAAGAUCAGCUAUUUUUCAUAUCAGCUGAAUCCUCUGGAAAUUUUUUGAAACUGUAAAAACUAUUAAAACCACUUUUUAUUUGCAAAUUGCAUACAAUAUUUUGUGACAUGUUUGUGAACCAAAUAGUUACUUUAAAUUUUGUUAACUCAUCAAAUGUGGAAUCAUUAGCUUUAUCAUCAUGGAGAUACUGUUCUCGCAUCAUGAGUGUUUUUUUUUUUGUUUUGUUUUGUUUUUUUGUUUUUGUCGAGGAAAAGAAUUGCCUUUCUUGAUCCUAAAGCAGAAGUGAAAAGAUGUGUGAAGGGUACGUGACUAGUACAUUUAAUAUCUGCAUCUUGCCAAAGACACUUUUUGUUUUGUUUUGUUUUGUUUGUUUUUUGGACCGGGGUGUGUACGGUGGUUUUGCACAUUCUCUCUGGAUGUUCUGUUCAGAAGCCAUUGAUUACAACAGUCAAGAUGUUGUAUGUAUGUUCAAUAAACAUACCCUUUUCAAAUCCU